CCCGCGGCCGGAGGAAGAUGGCGGCGGCGCUGGCGGGCGGGUCGCUGGGCCGGGUCUCUGCGCGGCUCCCGCCGGCCCGGGGCCGGUUCCGGGGCUGCCUGGCCGGGGCGCUGCUCGGGGACUGCCUGGGCGCUGCCUUCGAGGGCAGGGACCUGGUGCCGCUGCCCGAGCUGCUGCGCCACCUCCGCGGCCUGGAGCCGGCCGGGGGCAGCGGCGAGGGGGCGGAUGGCAAAGAAAUGCUCUGCUACACAGAUGACACAGCCAUGGCCAGGUGUGUGGUGCGGUCUCUGCUAGCCAAGAGAGAAUUUGAUGAAGUUGAUAUGGCCAGGAGAUUUGCUGAGGAGCACAAGAAGGAGCCAGAUCGGGGCUAUGGGAUGGCCGUCGUCAAAGUGUUCAAGAAACUUCUGAGCCCCAAGUGCAGUGAUGUGUUUGAGCCAGCCCGAGUGCAGUUUAAUGGGAAAGGCUCCUACGGGAACGGUGGUGCUAUGAGGGUAGCAGGCGUUUCGCUGACUUACCCUGAUGUUCAGGAUGUGAAGAAGUUUGCGAAGCUCAGUGCUGAGUUGACCCAUGCCAACUCACUUGGCUAUAACGGAGCCAUCCUGCAGGCUCUGGCAGUGCACCUUGCCUUGCAGGGAGAGCUCAGUUGGGAAAGCUUCCUGGAGCAACUGAUCGGCCACAUGGAGGAUGUAGAGGCAGAUGAUAAAUCUUUGGCUGAUGCACGAGCGAUGGGUUUUGAAGAAUUACCAUUUUCAAGACGUCUUAAGAAGAUGAAGGAAUUUUUGGAGCUUAGCACCGUUCCAAAGUCAGAUGUAUUGCUUGAGUUAGGAAAUGGCAUUGCUGCUCUGGAGUCUGUCCCCACUGCGAUUUACUCCUUCUUGCGUUCCAUGAAAUCUGACCCAGAUAUUCCCGAUCACUACAACAACCUGCAGAGAGUCAUCAUCUACUGUAUCUCGCUGGGUGGAGACACAGAUACCAUAGCUACCAUGGCUGGAGCCAUUGCAGGAGCUUAUUAUGGGGAGGAGCAGGUACCCCUGUACUGGGAGCAGAGCUGCGAAGCUUUUCAAGAGACAGAGAUGUUGGCAAAUAGCUUGCACGACCUCUACUGCCAACGACUUUGAGCCACAGAGGUGGUGUCUUGUGCCAAGGUUAAAGCGUCUACCUCUGCCUCACUGAUCAGAUCCAUAGCAAAUGGGUCCACCUUGUCUUUAAUGAUCUGUAACCUGUCCAACUCCAGAAUGGCACUUGCUGUCAUGUGUCGCAUGGUAGAAGUGAGACUUGGACCUUGUUUUUCUGUUACAAUUGAUCUGGAGGGUGCUUGCACAGAGCUUUGGACGAUGGAAUUUGUUGUCCCACCGAAGCACAGAGGCAGUGUCUGGUUUCUAAUGAGAUUUCUGCUUCUUACCAAGGCCUCCUGUCAGUGUCUCGUUCUGUCAUAUGACUUGUCCAAGCGUCAAGUGGGGUCUAAAUCCAGGAACCAGCUUCCUGUCAUCUGUUUCCAGAUUCCACAGACUUCCAUUCACAUGUUCACAGCCUAACCUUCAGGAAGCACUUGGGUUGCACCGUACCCAUAAUGCAAUUCUUUUGUCAUCUUUACUCUCUGCGUUACACCUGUGCCUAACUCCUUAGACUUUCCAUUCCCUUAUGCACCAGACUGCGACCUUCCAGAAUGCUGCUGUUGCUCUGGUUACUCUCUCUCCUCCCAGCACCUAAUCUGUGCUGUGCUAUCCUUGCACCCCAUUCUGCACACCUGGUGUCCAGUGCAUGUGGCAAGGUUACUAGUAAACCAGUGGGAAGAGAUGUAGUAAAACCUAGUGUUACCUUAGGUCCAAAUCUUAGUCCCGUUGAAGUCAGUGACAAAAAUCUGAUUGACGUCAGCGGGAACAGGAGGCAACUCUAAUUGCUUUCAACCUUUGCACCUGGUUGGGAUUGUCUAAAAGUGGACAGAAGAGCGGUUUCAGUUGAGAAGUCACAUCUGUUAAGAAAGGGCUCAUGUACUAGGAGACCGUGCAAAUGGUAGAAGAUGUAUUAGAAAACAGUGUUCUGCAGUGGAAUGUUUAAAAACGUGCCCAGUCAAGCAGGCAGAGGGGAAAUAAUGAGUCUGUAUGCAAGCUGAAUUGUGUAAAUAAUGUAUUUUGAAAUGUCUGUAGUAAUUACAGAAAACAAAGAAAUAAAAAACAUCCUGUUUGCAGGCAGCUACCGUAUGGAAAUGGGUAUAAAUCCAAAUGUUACAAAGAUUUUACUAAACCUGGGAAGGGAACACAUUACUAAUAGGGGGCUUAUUUCCUACUGAUGUCAGCAGAAAGUUGUUGUGUACGUGUGAACAAUCUGGUUGUAAUUGGGUUAUUCCUCACCUUUCCUGUACUUUACUUCCCUAGAGUACCAAUCUAUUGCAUGAAGCUUUAAUGGAUUUUCCGAGUAUACACAUGACUUUGUCCUAUAAAUAUGUGGAAUUAUGGGCCCACUGUAUUUACAGACUCUGCUGCAGAUCUGAGAAGUAAAACAUCAUAUCUUAUAUACUUAGAGAUUCUGCAAGAGACUUCAGAAUUUUCAAGGAAGACAUUUAAAAACUAAUUUUCUGUUUAAACUGAUCUUGUUUUUCUUUUGAAUGGAAGGAAGUUGUGGAGCUUGCACCGGUUAGCUUUUAUAAAGUCUGGCUUUUCCUAA